GCUGGUGGGCGCCUCGAUCCCCGGCCCGCGGCACGGACAGGUGACCUGUCGCCCCCGUGCAAAGGGGCUCUGCAGCCUGGGUGGCCGUCGGCGCGGCUAAGCCGCUUUCCCCAAGUGGAGAUCGAGACCCUCGGGCUGCAUCGCGCACGGGAAGCAGUGCUCUGCCGCCAGCCUCUUCCUGUGUGAUUUUCUUUUGCCGAGUAUACAGAAGAUGUGCAAACGGCCUUCGCUGGUGGUGUUUGACCUAGAUUACACCCUGUGGCCCUUCUGGGUUGACACUCAUGUGGACCCCCCUUUCCAACGAGACAGUGAUGGCUCAGUACGGGACCGUAAGAGGCGACUGGUGCAGCUGUACCCUGAAGCCCUCGCUGUGUUGGAGCGACUGCAUCGCGAAGGCAUCCCCAUGGCCGCUGCCUCACGGACAGGUGAGAUCCAGGGGGCCACUCAACUCUUGGAUCUCUUUGGCAUGAAGCGCUAUUUCCGCUACACCGAGAUUUACCCCGGAAGCAAAGUCUCCCACUUCCAGAGGUUGAGUCAGCAGAGCGGCAUUCCUCUUUGCCAGAUGCUCUUCUUUGACGACGAAAGCCGCAACAUCCAUGACGUUAGCAAAUUAGGAGUCACAUGUGUCCUGGUCCCCAGUGGCAUGAACCUCGCCGUUCUCAACCAGGGCCUAGAGGCCUUUGCUCACUCCUGAGGGCUGCCUCUUGCUACACCGCUGGACUGCAGAAGCCGGGCAUCCCUUCUCCUCUCUCGUACGUGAGGGACGCACCGAGGCAUGUCUGCGUUAUAAAUAAACCCUCCAUGUCUCCCCUCA